ACAUGAACAAAUUUUCUUCAGUGCAGGCAGAAGAGCCACAGAACAGGACCAAAGUUAGAGAGUCCUUCAAGUUCGUGUCGGAGGUGAAGAGGGAUGUGUGGAGGGACGGUGGAGAGGGGCGAUCAGAGCCCUCCUGCUGUCUCGGUGUCAGCAAGAUCUCCUACACUGUCAGUGAGCGUGUGGGUCCAUGGUGGGACUUGCCCUCCUACAGGAAGCGGUGGACUCGACAGAUCCUCAAUGAUGUCUCCUUCCACGUAGACAGCGGGCAGAUCAUGGGCAUACUGGGCAAUUCAGGCUCAGGAAAAACCACAUUGCUGGAUGCCAUCUCAGGGAGGAUUGGAAACAGUGGAACACUGUUGGGUGAGGUCUUCAUUAACGGCAGGAAAAUGAAGAGAGAAGAGUAUCAGGACUGCUUCUCCUACGUACUGCAGAGUGACAACUUGUUGAGUUAUCUGACAGUGGAGGAGACGCUGACCUACACAGCUCAGCUGGCCCUGCGGAGACACUCGGCUGAAGCUAUCAAGAAGAAGGUUUCGGCGGCGAUGGCCGAGCUGAGUCUGACUCACGUGGCCCACACUGUUAUUGGAGGUCGUGUUUUCCCGGGGAUCUCUGGGGGCGAGAGGAGGAGGGUCUCCAUAGCCAGCCAGCUCCUUCAAGAUCCAAAGGUGAUCCUAUUGGACGAGCCGACCACCGGUCUGGACAGCAUGACCGCCAAUCAGAUCGUGGUGCUGUUGUCAGAGCUGGCCAGGAGGAACCGUAUCGUCAUAGUAACCAUCCACCAACCACGCUCCGAGCUCUUCAGGGUGUUCAGCAGAAUAGCCAUAAUGAGUCGUGGAGAGCUGGUGUUUUGUGGGCAGCCAGAAGAGAUGGUGGAGUUCUUCAGCCAAUGUGGAUAUGAGUGUCCAGAGUACUGCAACCCCUUUGACAUUUAUGUUGACUUCACCUCUGUGGACACACGCAACAGUGAGAGGGAGGCAGCCACCUUCAAUCGAAUGCAUGAGAUCACUUCAUCCUACCAGAGGUCUGCCAUCUACCAGAGCAUGCUGGGAAAAAUGGAGCAGAGCCUACAGCGGGCAGACAAACCAGCCAUUCCCUUUAAGAGCAAAGAGUCACCCAGCGGUGCAGCCAAACUUGAGGUUCUGCUCAGGCGGACAGUAAGAAACCUGUCCAGAGACAGGAUGGGCGUCCUGAUGCGACUGUCCCAGAACCUAAUCUACGGUCUCUUUGUGGCCUUCUUCGUCAUGCAUUUAGACAACGAUGUCAGCAAGGGUGCAGUGCAGGACCGCAUCGGCAUCAUCUAUCAGAGCAUUGGUGCUUCACCCUAUACUGGCAUGCUGAAUGCUGUGGCUCUCUUUCCGGCACUACGAGCCAUCAGCGAUCAGGAGAGUCAGGAUGGUCUUUACAGUAAAUGGCAAAUGUUCUUGGCCUACAUCUUCCACAUUCUGCCCUUCAGCAUCAUCAGCGUUUUCAUCUUCACCUCAUUCCUUUACUGGACGGUGGGGAUGCACCCUGACAGCUUGCGCUUCCUGUGUUUCACUGCAGUCGUCCUGGUGCCACAUAUUAUCGGUGAGCUGCUGACUGUGGUACUGUUGGGCGUGGUCCAGGACCCUAACAUGGUCAACACCGGAGUGGCUCUGCUUAAUAUUGCAGGGAUCUUGGUGGGAUCUGGUUUCCUAAGAAGCACCCAGCAGAUGCCAGAGGUCUUCAAGUGGCUCAGCUACCUGACCUUUCAGAAGUACAGCUGUGAGCUGCUCAUAGUCACUGAGUUCCAAGGACUCAACUUCACAUGCAAUGUUUCCAAACCUUUGCCAGGAGCCUGUGUGAUCACUCAAGGCAAUCAGAUCAUUGAUGAGGGCUAUCCUGGCGCUCUGUCCCGAUACACACUUGACUUUGUUCUCCUCUACUCCUUCCUCCCUGCUCUCCUGCUGCUUGGCAUGAUCAGCUUCAAGAUCAGAGACAAAGUUGUACUUCACUAAAACCACACAUUUGCGGGAGAAUCUUUUGUUCAAAACGGGAAUCUGAACUGAUUCUGAAGAUCUGAGUUUGAGCUUAUUCAGAGAAGAUCAGCAAAGUACCACAAACCAACAUGCUGCUUUAACAAUGAUGGGCACAAACAGCGACGGCACAGAUUCAAAUAGAAGUUUUGUAUAAAUUGUAUAAAUUAAUGAUGGGCUGCUGUGUAUUAUUAAUAGAAUUAAUGCUAAAUUUACAUCUAUGUAUUCCAAGUAUUAUUUUUUAGUUUAAAUAGUGUGACUGUAAUGUGUCAUGAAUAGGAAGUGAUGCCUAUUGCAAUAAUGUAGAAUUGUUUAUUUUUUAGAACACAUCUCAUCAUUAGUGCAUAAACGUUUUGAUAUGUUAAAAUAGUUUUUAAAAAAUCUCAUACAAGUUUCUUCAAGUUUACAAGGUUAUACAAGUUAUAUGAAGUACCAAGAAGUGAAAAUACAAUAUGACACAAAAGGAAAUAAAUAUUGCAAAAUAUGUUCUGUGUUUGCAUUAAUGUGUGAUGUUUGUGUGUGACCAUAAAGCUGAUUUUCCCUCA